AUGCCGAUCGAGUGGCUGGGAAGAACGUAUCAAAUUCAGCAAAUCAAUGGGCAGUGUAUCUGCUCCUUGAUGAACCCUCAAUCUAACGCUGAACAUGCAGUAGAAGUAUUCGUCAAUGGAAUACCACGGACCUACGGAGCGGAUGAGUUGAUUCCUAUUUUGUCGAAACCGGGAGUGAUUGCUUCCAUGCGAAUUUUGAUGGAAUACGAUGGCUUGAACAGGGGCAUCGCUUACGUGAAGUAUUUGAAUCCGACUGACGCUGAAUGGGCAAUAAAGGUACUGAAUGGAAUACCUCUUUCCGACACGUGUGCGCUAUUCUUAUCUACUAGUCAGGAUUAUCGUUCCUUCUGGAUAUGCAAUCUGUUUCCUACUCUAUCGGACGACAUGAUCUUUUGGACUGUGGCUAAAUUGACCCGUUCUGAUUCCUUUUCAUUGAACUUCAACUACUUACCAACCCGUCGGGUGAAAGUAACGUUCUCGUCCCACCAGGAAUUGAUUCCAGCACUCAACACGGUGAAUAACUUUCGAUACUUAUUCGGUAACAGUUGUUUCGUGAAACAAGAGCAAACAUGCUGCCUGAACAGGCCCAACAGCGAUACGCUAUAA